ACUCAAACCCAAACAAAACGAACGUAAAUGGCGCCAUGAAGAGGUAGAGUCGUCAAAGAGUGGUCGAUAGUUCGCUGUAAUUUAGGUGUUAAUAGAGCAGCAGCAUUGAAUAUUCAGGAGAAAUGGAUGUCUCGGGAAAUUUGUUACGGCGAUUGUGUUCCCAUGUCACAGGGAUAAAUGAUCAACGUCUGGAUGGUCAUUUUACGUUGGCUGUCACUUUGCUCAAUGACAGUGGGAGUGGUUUGCAUAUGAAAGAUCACAAUGAAGUUGCUGAUAAGAUUAAAAGAAGAUUGGUGAGGGAGGAACGUUUUGAAGAUGCUGUAAGAUUUUCUGGUCUUUUAAAUAAACUCCUCAAGUCUGCUGUGUUGCAUAACAAGGGGAGCAUAUUGUCAUUAUUUCUUGCACUGAGUAAUGAUAAUGCAGCAUCAAAGAGACCUAAGAUUACAGUGGGUAAUGCUGGAAUGACUAAUGGCCACCUCGAAGAUGAAAGUUUUCCGUUGCCAAACCUGUUUGUGGACAAACCUCUUAAGGCAUCCACAAUCCCAGAAAACCAUAGUCAAGCUACUUCUGAAAGGAUGGAUGGAGGCAGCAGUCGUGUCUGGCAUCUGGCAGAAAGAUAUAGAACUGCAGCCAGUGCCCAGCCAAAUUCACCAUUUGCAGAGCUUCAGCAGCUUAAUAAAUUUCCUAUUAGGAUGCCAGCAGAUAAGUUACCUUUAAAGCAAACCCCUCGUAAACAUCCUGCCAAAAUAGAAGGCCUAGUUGAAGUGAGCGAGAAAGAUCUGGUACGUGACCUGCUGUAUGUAUUUGUGGGAAUUGAAGGAAAAAUUAUCAAGAUGGACAAAAAAAAGGAUGGAUAUGAAAUAGACUCAAAGGUUAAGUUAUCUCCUAGUCAGAAGGUCCUUGUUCUUAAAUUGACAGAAGUUGGAUGGCUUUAUAGACGAGUGAAAAAUUUUUGUGAGCGAGAAAAUAGCAGCAGAAGUAGUGAGAGGACUUCAGAUAGGAUGGUAUCAGGCCUGGUGCAUCAAUCACUUGUGGUGGCUCUUUUAGAACACCUCAGUGAAUUUGCAAGGCUAAUCACAUUACUAGAAAGACAGAUUCAGGAAAGUGGUGAUACUCCUCUCAGUGAGGCAUCUGAAGGUUUGACACUUCGGAAACUCUUCAUGUGGACUUUUGAACCUAGAUCUCGACUGAAGACUUUAGCUUUUCUUGUUGAUGAUUCUCAGAUGGAGCAUGGUGGUGCGUGUAUAUCAAAAUUAUAUCAGCAUUUACAUCAUGGUGAUCCAGGCCAUAGAAAAGUGGUGGGCCACAUUAUAGCUCGAGCAACUGUUCCAAUUUUUGGCAUGCUGACUCGUUGGUUACUUGAUGGCAAGCUAGAAGAUCCUCACCUUGAGUUCUUCAUUGCAGCUGAUCCUAUGGUUUCUGAUGAUAAACUUUGGCAUGAUAAAUAUUCCAUCAGAUGGCUUAUGCUGCCAAGUUUUAUCUCAAAAUUGCAAGCAGAAAAAAUUUUAGCAUCUGGAAAAUCACUCAAUUUUUUGAGAAAUGUGUGCCAUUUUAAUGCUCCAAUUGCUGGACGAGAAGUGAUCAAGGCAGCUUUACAGCAAACUACAGUGGAGUCUUUGUUUACACAAGAUGACAGUGGCCAGUUAGAUGAUUUGAUAAGUCUUACUUUCCGAGAAACUUCUCGUCAUGUCCUUGAGGAAAUUCUCACACAGCACAAAUUUAUGACUCACUUAAGAGCACUGCGACGUUACUUACUUUUGGGUCAGGGUGAUUUUGUCCGUUAUCUCAUGGAAAUAUUGAGUCCUGAGUUAAAUAAACCUGCAUCAAACUUGUAUCCACACAAUCUGUCAUCACUGUUAGAGACUGCAGUUGCUGCCAGUAAUGCCCAGUAUGAAGAACCAGACAUACUUAAGCGCUUGGAUGUAAGAUUACUUGAAGUUUCUGCUGGGGACAUUGGCUGGGACGUGUUCAGUUUACACUACCAUGUUGAUGGUCCCAUUGGAACUGUAUUUACUGCAGAUUGUAUGAGUCAGUAUUUGAUGUUAUUCAAUGCAUUGUGGAAAGACAAACGCAUGGAGAUGAUGCUAUCCAACAUAUGGAAAGAACAGGCAGCCACUUCUAAAAUGUGUAGAGAUAUUCCAGAGUUGGGUAAAGCCCUUCAUCACAUUCAGCUUCUAACAACAGAAAUUAUUCAUUUGGUGCAUCAGAUGGAAUAUUACAUGGCCUUUGAGGUCAUGGAAUGUUCAUGGCAUGGACUUAUGACUAAAUUGAAAUCUGCACAGUCUCUGGAUGAUGUCAUUGCAGCACAUAAUGAGUUUUUGAAAAGGAUAGUUGCUGGAUCUCUUCUUGAUAAAGAUUCCAAGCACUUACGGACACAUCUUCGCUCAGUGUACAACCUAAUAGAGAAAUUGAAGUGUCUACAAGAAAGGCUAUCAUCAGCUGUAUUAGCAGAAGUCAAUGCAAGAAAAAGUUUCAGAGAUGACAUAAAGGCAAGAACAGAAGUUGGUGAUUUUGGCCUUUCUGGAGAGCAUCAGGAAUUGGAGAAAAAGCGAAGGAAGGAGUUCUCUAAAGUUAUCCGUAACUUCAUUACUGACCUAGAGAUUUGUACUCGGACUUAUCAGACUGUGGUCAAGACCUUUUUGAUGAUGUUGACACAACAUGAUGACCAAAACCUUCACCUUCUUAGCACACGACUGGACUUCAACUUGUAUUAUCAUCAGCGUGAUCACCAUCUUAAUCAAAGAUUGACUUACCAGCACAAGAGGAAAAGUUUGGGUACAUCCUUUACGCAGUAGUGAUGUUUACGGAAAAAGUUUUUGGUUUGUAAAGGAAGAUACUAAUUUUAUAUUUUGAAAAUACAGAGAGUUGGAUGUUCAAAUUCCAAGACAAGGAUUGUUCAGCUAAUAAGGAAAAGUGUAGCAGACAGUUAAUUUUAUUUGUAGGAUAUGACAAUAUUUAGCAGAUGUACCAGUCCCUAGUUAAAAUCUUCAAUUUUUUUCAUCAAUCAAAAUUUACUGGCAUUCAGCAUUUGCUUUUAGUACAUUGUAGCAGGGAUGCAAGUAGUUUUGCCAGUAUUUCUUUCAUGCUUAACAUUUUAUCAUAUAUAUGGUAGGCUUCCUGUUUCCCAGCUCAUUAAGUAUAUAUUUCAUAUUUCUAAUGGAAUUUUGGUAUAUGUGAUGAAAAUGGUUAGCUGGUUACAUUUUCUUCCUUGUUGCUAAUGUACCAUAGUCAUUUGUCAUCUUUCAUAUGAUGCUGAAAAGAUUUUAGCCAUAUUUUUCAACCAAAGAAAACAACAUUUGAGAUUUUUAAGAGUAAUAAUACAUCCAGUAACCUAGUUUUGGGCUACCGUUACUAAUCCUAGUAAUUCACAAAUAGCUUACAUUACAAAUACCUUUCAACUAUAUAUGCAGUAGGUUAAAUAUUGUUUUAUUAUAUUGUUUGAUUACUUAUGUAACCUUUUAAAGGGCAGAUACAGGUAGGUGAUAAAAAAUAGGAGUCAGGCUAGAUUCCUCAUUUGUGUGGCCCUGGUAAUGGAAAGAUUGCAGUAUUCCUGUCUUCCUGGCAGCAUUCUGGCUUAAAUUUUGUGUAGUUUUUUAUCAUUUAUACUUAUCUGUCUUUUGAAUUUUUCAAAUUUUAUCAAGUGAUUGCAUAAAUUAAUAUUUAUAUUUGAAAGGUAUUUUCAAGAAAAAUUCCUGCUGCUUUUAUCACCUGUGGACCACUAAUUGUUUUCUCAAAUUCAAGCAAGAUCUUUUAGUAGUCUUGUUGAUGAUGUAGCUACUAUAUAUCUUUUUAAUAUGGUAUUUUCUUCAUCCAGAGAACCUAGUGAUUAAAGUGAAAAAAUCUCUAUAUACACAGAAAUAUUUAGUGUGGUCAGAAUUUGAAAUAAAAAGUUAUUGUGUCACCUUCGGUACAAGUUAUAUUGAAAAGGAGAACCAAGCAGACUCAGAAUCUGGCAUACAUUUUUAUUAAAUGCAUCACUGUAGACUUAUUUCCUCAAGAAUUGUGGAGAUUUAAGAGUUUGCCAUAUCACAGAAGGUAGAAUUUUCAUUAUAUAUAUAUAUUUUUUUUUAGGGAAACAGUUUUUCAUUGUUGUCUCUGUGCAGAAAUCUAUAAAUGUCUUUGAAUUUGACAAUGGAGACCUAAGUUACUAGAAUGAAUGAAGUUUGUGACAAGCAUGCUUAUGUAUGCUUCUCUAUUUAAUGUUACAUGGUUGUAAGGCACCUGUUAUGGAAACUGAAUGUUACCAUUAAUAAGCUAAAUGUUGAUUAAUUGGUGUAUAUGGCCUUUACUGAAAAUGAUGAUCCCAACUGACAAUGAAUAUUGGGUAUGAUAGAUUAUACCGCCCUAAAUAAUUAUGUUAUAUUACUAUUUGGAUCAAGAGGCAAAUUUUUUGGUUAUUCCUUUGGAGGACAAAUGGCUGUUUUGGGUAACAGUGUGACAACAGACUGGUGAAGGGGUUGAAAACAAUGAUUUCUGCAGUAUGUUCAGGCGGAAUAAAUCGAGAGAUGGUUGGAUACAGAAUGUUGGGAGGAUUGGGGAUGUCUCUCAAAAGGAAAGCAACAAAAAUUAAAGGAAUUCCAAAUAUAUAUUGAUGUUAAAAAUGAAACACGUGAGAUGAUAAAAAGAAAUAUGGUUACUUCUGGCAAGCAUAAAAAAUAUAAGGUAAUAUUAUGUAAUUCUGUCUUUGGCCUCUGUUGAUAAAUCUGGUGGCAAAACAUUUAGACAAAGGUUUACAAUCUCAUAGUUUAUUGUAGCACAUCCAAAAGAUGAUAGAAUGACUUUAAACCACAUUUGCACCUGGUUUAUUUAAUAACAGUUUAGGAUUGGCACAUCAUCUGUCUCAUCCAGCUUUUAAAGGUUAAGAAGGAUGACAUUUUGUUACAAUGAAGGACUGCAGUUGUUUAUAUACCUGUAAUAGGGAGGAAAUUCCAUAAACGAUUUUUUGUACCUGGAGAUUACAAUCCACUUAAGAACUACAAACACCUAGUAUAGGUCAUAAAUUUUGAAAAGGCUCAACUCUUAGGAACACCUGGUUCUUUUUGAAUUGGUCUGGUUGAACUACUUAAUAAAAAUAAUGAAAAUAAUAGUUGACCAUCAACCUUGGCAGUUGUUCCAUAAGCAGCUGCCAAGUCUUUUUAAGUAAUGAAAAGAAAAUUGUAUAAACUUUCCUUUUAGUUUGAACUGGUAAAUUGGCUUAUGUUCCUUCUAUUGACAGGCUUUUCAAAUAACCAUAUCACUUCAUGAAAUCACUCCUUUGCCUUAAAAAAUGUGUCAUUAUUAAUCAUUUGAGAAACUUUCUUGUGGCCAAUUGUAAAAUGGUUUUACUUUUAAAGCAAGCUUCCAUAGAACAGAAAGCUCAUAGGUCAUGAAUGGGAAAAUGGAGUGGAAAAUAGCAACACAUAAUGACAAAUGAAAAAAUAAUUAUAUACGGUACAUGCAUAUACAACAUGAAAGGGAAACUAAGCCCAGUGAUGUAUGGUAAAGUAGUAGUUCAACCUCACAAAUUUGUGACCAUGAGCAUCAGUAUCAUUGCCAUUGAGACUGCUCUGCAGUUGAACAAUAAAAGGAAUAGAAACUUAUGAACAAAAUUUAUUGUGCGGGGUAGUGUGACAUGGUGAUAGGACAAGUGGAUACUAAUGCUUUUCAUUAGUAUUAUUAUUAUUUUAAACAGACCACUAAGCUGAUAUAUGCACUGGUUUGUAGGGUGCAGUUACUAAGGCUGCUAAUGGAAGUUUCCUUUUCAAAUGAAGCCUAUUGAAUAUGGCCAAAUAAGAUUACUCUUGGCAAAGGGUUAAAUUGAAACAUUGAAAAAAAACUUUGGCAAUCUUGUCUGUGACGCAAAGAUUCUUCAGGUAUGUAAAUGCAAUGAUGGGGACAUAAUCUACAUAGUGUACUAUCACAUUUUCUAACACCUGUAAAAUUAUAAGCAAUAAAAGUCCAGAACAUCACACCGGAUUGGUGUUCACACAUCAAAUAAAAAUAAUAACAGUUUUGUACAAUAUGUAUUGCCAGUUGAAAAAAAAACAGUGAAUAAGGUCAAGAAUUUAGCCUCUUAACACAAGUUUAAGUUCACAUGCAAGAGCUUCAUUGUUAACCAAGGAAAAGCAGCACUGAAAUUGAUAUUACAAGUUGGGACUAUUCUAUUGUAAAGGUUGCCUUGGAUGUAAUUAAUGAUAAAUAAAACAUCACAAGUACCCUUGUAAUUAAUGGUAAAUAAAACAUCACAAGUACCUAGCUGUUGCAUCUACUUAUAUUAGCUAAUAGGAAGCAAGUUUCUGAGAUUCAAAUGUGUAAGUGACUCAAUGAUCAAUUUUAAGUUGUUGACCUUGCAUCACCUACCCAUGUGGGAUCUCUAUUGAACCAUGGAUAGAGAAGUAUCAACAUUCCUUGGGACAUUUUCAUGUCACUGGAUUAAUAAUGCUUUCUGAAUGUGGUUUAUUAUUCUUCCUUAGUGCUAUUUUUAUAGCACACAAAGUGUAGUCUUAGUUUUUUUUUUUUUUUUUUUUUUUUUUUAGGGGCUAUUCCAUGUUACUUUAGGUACCACCAGCUUGCUGAUUGGAAACUUUUCAAGGUCUUUGUGGGUGCAGCCAUGAUUAGAAAGCUUAAUCUUGGUAGCAUACAAAUGUGGGAUAAAUUAUCUCUUAAAAAUAAAUGUUAGGUAGCAGCAUUGUCAGUGACAAAGGUUGAUUUUAAAUCAAAUGUCAUUGUCUGUAUACUAUUACACAGCACUUGUAGGAUUUAUGUACUGCACAGUAAGCUACUUUACUCCCAUGCAAAGGAAGGCUGAAAUGUGUACAUAAUCUGGAUUGAUUUGAAAAUUUUAUUUUAUUUUUUUUUUGGGGGGGGGGAACCAGUGAUUAAGUCUUUCAGUAUGAGGGCCAUAAAACAAAUUUUGCACAUUUUCUUGGAAUGAAAAGCAUUCUUUUGAUUUAUAAUUCUUGUAAUCAACCUGAUAUGACUGAGAACAGUGGGGAUAUGUGAAAGCUUCAGUGAAGAGCGCUGUACUGACACUGAGAAAUCAUAUGAUGACGUAAAAGUAUAUCAGACAUAAUAAAUGCUCUGACAAGUUACUCAGUUAGUUAACUGCUAAUAGCAAAUGCUAGCAGUUAAUUUUUUAUCAACUAUCUGAUUUACUUGAACUAGACAAAAUUUAAUUCAAAAUGAGUAUUACAUGAGUUUUGUUGUGCAAAAUAAAAGUAAACAUACCCCCAUGAAAGGAAUAGUAAACAAGGUCGCACAGGGUCAGACAAAAAUUAUGUUUACACCUUGCUGUGCAAGUCUGGCAAUUGGAAUUUUCAGUUGAAACCAACAGAACAAUUAGGAUGAUAAGUAGUGACAGACUGGAACCGUGUUUCAUCUGUAUAGACUUAAACUUUGAGUUAUCUGUCAGAGGGCAGAAAAAACUUUUUAUAUUUCACUCUGCUGCAAUCUGGAUGAAACUUUGUUCUAAGCUGGGUGUGGACCGUGGAGACCCCUAGCAUAGACCUUUUAUUUGUACUUUAAAAGCCAGCCUCUUGAUGCUCUUUACUUUACUUGGCAUUUACUGCUAGGUCUUGCUUUUUCUUACUGGAAACCAGCUAUUAGCUUGAUGGUAGAGUAUACAUCAAUAAUCACCAUUUUCAUUUUUUACUUGUAUUGUUUAUUGUUCUUGGGGGAGAUCAUGUAUAGCUGGUAUGUAAGACAGGUGUAAAAAAUAUUGCUUUUUUUUCAUAAAAUUGCAAAACUUCAGUCAACAUGUAUGGUAUUCUGUAAAUUUCACAUUUAUCACUUAGUUUUUUUAUGAGUCUUUGAGGCAGUUUUAAGCAUUGGUAAGGAUUUUAUUUGCUAUUUCCUUAUGUACAAUAGAGCUCAAGCGAACUAUUCCUUUAAAAGCUCUUGGUGAGUAAGAUGGAAUAGUACUUAUUUUAGCUUUUUUAUUUUGAGUUAAUAGUAAUAAGAGUUUUUAGUUGGAUUUCAAUGAGUUAGUAUGGGCCUUUAUUAUUGUUUGAAUAUUCAAAACAAAGAAUGUAUUUUCAUACAUAAAAUUAGUGAUAUUGAAAACUUGAGAAAGUAAAAUUGGUAUGAAAUUGUUUUGGAAGAGUUGUAUUGAUAAAAUUUUGUAGCUCUGUUAUGAAAUGUGAUGGUAAAGUAAGGGAAUCUCGUACACAAGCUCUGUAGUUUACAGAGCCUUUUUAGUUACAGUAAGAAAUUUUUGAUGAACUAUUAGUAUGUUUUAUAAUGAUGAAAUGGCUAUUUUUAAUAUGUGAAUCUGCUAAAAGUAACAAAGCUUUGUGAAUCAUGCAGUUAUUUAUUGCUUUUUUUAUAUGUAUUACCUGUAGGUAGAAAAAGUUUUUAUAUUUAUAGAUGUAAACCUUGGUGCAUUGUAUGCACAUGUAUUGCAUAUAAUGUCCAAACUUUAUUGUUGAAGUGAACUUAAGACGGUUGUCUCUUGAAUAUUUCGUAAAAUAUAUUUUAACAAUUCCUGGUUAGGUGUGAUGAGACAUUGUAGACUUUCGACAGCUAACUUUUAAAAUAGAACUGGAAAAUCUCAUUUUAGAAAAUAAUUAUUGUGGUCAUUCUGUCCUCAGGAAGUUAGCUGAAAGAUCACAAAUAGAACCGGGAAUUUGAAGGCUUCUUAUAGUGGUUUUAUGCUGGUCUGAUCUUGGCACUGCCUAAUGUUUAAAGCUGCUAAAGCACAUUAUGUCUGAAAAUGACUCCCGUAAAAGUGAUCUUUAUUAUGAGAAUGGAACAUUCGCAGAGGUAUUCUAUCCAGUUGUGAAGGACAAGCAGUUUCCCAAUUUUCUUUUCUUGAAAAUUCUUUAGUACUUCUAACAUUUAUCUACUUCAAAUUACAAAGGACAGUGGGACAUCUUUGGUCCUUUCCCAGGAAUGCGUGAGAUAAUAAAAGCAGAAAAAAAAUGAAAUAUUUACUUGAAUGAAAUGAUAAUGGGAAUUCUUAAAAUUCUUUAGCUCUACAGAAUGAAUUUUCUUUUUGUUUGUUCGUGCAAUUUUCAACCAGUGACAAGCAUUGGAUACAACCCCCUCAAGGAAACAUUGUGAGCUUCUUCAGAAUACUGAAUUUUUAUAAUUCAAGCUUUUAAAAUGGUGAUUUAGUAAAGAAAAAAAUUUGUUUACUUAUAGGAACAAACCUAUGUGCCAGGUCUCAUAGUUGAACAUUUUAAGUUUGUGUAUGAUUAAACUCUUGAAAGACAUAUUAUAGUUCAGGGAAACAGGUGGAAGAGGAUGCAAUGUGGAUUCUUGACUUUCCAUAGAGCAAUGCAGGCAGUACGAGUAGAAAAGGAUUACAAGAAAGUGGGUUACUCUUGGCUCUGGAACAGUGACCCUUGAGCAAGUAUAAAAUAUGGAGGCCUGCUUGCAUUAGAUAAAACAAAAUUGGUAGCAAGAGUCCCUGAGUAUUUUGUUAUUUAAUUGUAGAAUUACCCAAUUGCCAAAGUGUGAUUUUGUAUGAAUCAACAAUGUUGUUCUAAGCCGUAACUUGAGAUUACUUGCAGCACCUUAAGAGUUUGUUUUUGCACUAAUUACUCUGCUCAAAAAUGUAUAACAAUGACAAUAUUUUGCCAACAUUUUUUAAGAUUUACAGUAAAACAAUGUGAGGUAUAUUGAAUAAGUGUAAGUUCUAUCUAAUUUUUUCAUCACUUGUCAUGUUUAUAUUCUGCAGAGUAUAAAAAUAAUAUUAAAUUUUUCAGUUUACUGUAGCCUAUCUGUUCAUAUAAUCCGUACUUCCUUGUUAUAGUUAUUUUAUACUUUUUGGUGUUGUAAAUAGUUAUCCUGUUUUUGCAUUAUGGCUGGAAAUAUGAGGGUUGUUGUGAAAAUAGUACCUGUUUAGUAUUAAAAAAUAAUUAUUGAUAAAUGUAUGUGAAAAUAUUUCUUACAGCUACUCCCCAUUGGGUAUUUUUCUGCACGGUCACCUUGAACAAUUAAGCACUCGUUGUAUGAUGUGAUAAGUUUUUGGAUUCCCUCGUGCACCAGUAGUGCCAGCUCAUUCACAAAUGUGGUGAUUGCUUGAACUGAGCUCUAGCUAAGUUCAAGACCUAAGGAGUCUCAAUGAACAAUGAAACUUGCAACUUUUAAGUGAUUACAGUGGUCCCUUAGGAAAAAAUUUUUUGAUUUAAUGAAAUUUAGUUUCAAACCAGGCACUGGGACACUUUAGGCCAUUCAGCACUUAAGAUAGUGAAAAGAGAGAAUUGAAAUACAGUAGUUGGACAGUAAAUUAAAGAUGUCCAUAAAACAAAGAAGAUGAAGUACAAGGAUCUAAAGUGAAACUUGGAGAAAAUACCACUGUUGCACUAUGAAGUAAAGAAUUUUAAGAAAUUGUGAAUGGAGGUAAAAGACUAGAAAAUGGGGGCAGCUCGGGACCGAAGGGACAAUGCAAACAUCCUUUACUAUUGCCCACAGUCCACCAUGUGAGGCACAGUGAUGGCACUACUUUUUCAUGGGGAAACCUAAGGAGAGGCCUAAUGUAGCAGUCUAAUCCUUUAUGAUGGCAAUAUGUAGAGCCUUCUUACAGACAGAAUUAAGCUUAAAAUAAAACAACUAAAGUUUCAGGUGCAACAUUAUGGACCAACCAGUCAACUUGGGCAUAGCUCCUAGGGGCUUUCACCUUAUCAAGAAACUGUAGGACUUUAUAGAAUGAAAACACUAUGACUGAGGAAGAGCGAAAGGAAUUGGCCUGUAUUUCUGAAUGAGUUGGUGGGAGAGGAAUUCCAAAAAUACAGUACAUGGAAAAAUAAAGUCCAGGUGCAAAAUAAUCUUUUAUGAGUAUAAAUUUUCAAAUCCUUUAAUAGGCACUGUUUUCUGAAUACUAUGUUUAAUUUUGUUUGUAUUUCCAAAAUGACAGAAAUGAUUUCCUGAAAUAACCAACAUUGAGGAUGAAUAUUUUACAAUGUUGUGAUUUCACUGUUAAGGUAAUAAUAUUAAUUUUUGAAGCAUUCCUUCCAUUCAGCAGUUGCACUCAAAUUGUGUUUUCAGUUUUGAAGAAAAUGAUUAAUAUCCUUUCCAGAAUUAUUGUAAUUGUAUUUAGACUUUGGAAGUACAGUUGUGCGGUGCUUUUAUAAUGGUAGAGAUUUAAAGUUUUCACCCUUUUAUUUUUCUUGCUGGCUUCAUUUUGGUUGCUCAGUUUUCAUUUUAAUAUAUCUCACUUUUCUCUGAAAGAAUUUGAGAGAAUGAAUGCAUCUUAAGGAGGGAUAAUGUGUAUAACUGCCAUAUGCCCAAGAUAUUAACCUUGGGGUUUUUAGGUUGUGUACAAGGUGCCAUUCUGUUCUGAUAUAAAGCUCAUUUUAGUCAGACAACCAGGAAUAUAAUGCCAUGAGAAUCAAUUUCUGUAUUAAUUAAAACUAAAUUCAGUUGUAGUCUACAUUAGAUUAAAGGGAAUGUGUAGAGCACAAGGACAGCAUGAGAAUAUUCAGCAUUACAGUAUUAGAAUGAUUCCAGGUGGGCCUGUUUGAAAAUGUCAAGAGCUGUGUGUAAGUGAUAAAAUUUGAGGUUACCCAAGAAAUUGGUCAAAAUUAUAUAGAAGAGUAGUAUGAUCGAUUUGAUUGUUAAUGUAAAGUAGACAUGGAAUUUUAAAAGAAUCAUAGAUGUAGUAUGCGGAAUAGAUUUUUAGGUGCCAAAUAAUUACUGUAAUUAAGGGAUUGUUUCGAGGUAACUGUAAUUGUCCCAUGAUCAGUAAAGUUUUGGUGUGAAAUCUAAUUUUUAAAGUAAAGUUGCUAAUCUCAAUGGCAGUUUACUAAGGAUGGGUCCAGUUUUUAUUUUUGUGGACAAAAAAAUACCCUUUUUAUAUUCUACUAGAAAAUCCUGUUAAGUUUUUUCCAGAUGUGUCAUGUGUCAAAUGGUACAUUUAUGAAUUUUUUAUUUAAACUACAGCAUAGUACUAAGUUUGAAUAAGAAUUUCUACCAUAGGAAAUCCAUUAUUUGUGGUGAAUCAUAUAUGGCCAGUGAUAGUUGGUUAGAUUUUUUAAUUAACUCGAUACUGGUUGAUACAGAAAUUGAAUUAUAAAAGGUACAUUACAAUGUAGUUUUAAACAUUAACUUUUUGAAACUGACCUGGACAAAAAAGUAGAUACUGAAAGUUAAUAAACUAGAAGGACAUGUAUUUCAUUGAAUAUGGUUACUGAAAAUGGAAAAAAAAUGGAGAAAACGUGAAAAACAAGGAGAAAAAUGAAGGAUUAAAGAGUGAAGGUAGUUCAUUCAAGUCAGUUCAACAUCAUAUCAGCUGCUUUUAGGAAUUUAGUGCAGACAGGUAAUGCAGUUUUGUAUGGUCAGAUCUUUUAUGAAUGAUUUUAUUUUUGGCAAAAGUAUACAUUAUCAGUAGUGUGUGGUUUCAAUAUAUAGCACUGAAAAUCUUGUUUUUAAAGAUAUUUUUUAAAGAAUCAUUCCGUGAACUUUUCAGUUAACCAUUAAAGUUUUUUGGUUUUUGUCAAGUUUAUACCGUAGGUGAUUUAUUAUCUGUAUGUCUAUAAGAUAUUAAUGCAUACCAACAUUUUGUUCUAUAUUAAAUGAAUUUGCUGGUGUUUAACAAUGUUGCACAAAACCCUUUAAAUGACUUUGCCAUAUGCACAAGAUAAUGCUAUGUACAAGAAGUUGGAGUGGAGCUUUGAAAGUGUUAAUAUAUUUCUUAUAUAGAAAUGUUGUACUUUUUCUAAAGUCCAGUGAUCUAGUUUUUGUAAUAAGUUCUUUAUUGUAAUAUAUGUAAAUAAAGUAUUGAUACUGCA